UUCAGCCUUGGUCGCUGUUCAAACUCCACCACGUGAAACCCCCGGCCUCUAGGCACCUCUAUAACCGGAACAGCACACACAGCAGCGAGUCAUGGAAGAAAAGAAAGAUACCGUCAUUGUAGAGAAGGAUGUCCCGGUCUUACAGCCCACAGACCUCGAGGAAGAGAAGCCAAAGAGGCCCAGUGCGCUAAGCGGUAACACUAUCGUCAGUGUCAUCGGCGCUGAUACUCCACACGACCUCUCUGACUCCCCGCCGCCCGAAGAAGAGGCGCAACCACAGUACUCCGUAUACGCACAGUGGCAAAAGAGGCUAAUAGUCCUGAGCGCCGCUUUCAGCGCCCUCUUCGCCUCAUGGACGGCGCAAAUCUACUUGCCCGCGCUUAACAUCGCAGCGGCCGACCUACACGUCUCGAUUACCCGGAUCAACCUGACGGUCACCAGCUACAUGAUCCUGCAGGGAGUCACGCCCAUUUUCAUCGGGGGGUUCGCUGACACGGCCGGACGACGGCCGGCGUACUUGGCAUGCUUUAUUCUCUACAUCAUCGCCAACGUAGGGCUGGCCAAGACGGACAGCUACGGGAGUCUCCUCGGCCUCCGCUGCUUCCAAUCCGCGACCAUCUCGGCAACGCAGGCUCUAUGCCAAGGCGUCGUGGCAGACAUCGCCACCAGCGCAGAAAGGGGCCAGUACACGGCCUUCAUCGCCGUUCCGGCCACCCUAGGCCCAAGUCUCGGGCCUGUUAUCGGCGGCGCUAUCGCGGAGUACCUCGGCUGGCGCAGCAUUUUCUGGUUCUUGACGGCGUGCGCCUUCUUCAACCUCCUCUCCCUGGUGUGCUUCUUCCCCGAAACCUGCCGCAAAGUGGUCGGGGAUGGGUCCAUCCUGCCGCGAAGACGCAACCAAACGGUGUGGCAGCUUAUCAAGAACCGCCGACAGAAAAAGGUCGCAUCCGAUUCUGAAAGCAGCACGCCGCCUCCUACCCUAGCCACGGCUGCUGAGCUGCCUGCUCCCAAGGUGAAUUUCGCCUGGUCCAAGUUUCUAACGUCGCUCGUUCUGCUCUGCGAAAAGGAGCUCAGCCUGCUCUUUCUGUACGGCGGGUUCAUUUUCGCAGGCGUAUACGCUGUAGCGACUGCCGUGCCUACCUUGUUCUCCGAGAUCUACGGCUUCGACGGGUUCAAAGUAGGUCUCGUGUACCUCCCCAUGGCCGCGGGAUCCAUUUUCUCCGUCGCCAUCGUCGGCAAGGGCAUGAACUGGAACUACCGGCGCCACGCGCGGAAGCUCGGGCUGGAAGUAGACAGCAGCCGGCAGAUGGACCUUGCGAACUUCCCCAUUGAGAAGGCCAGGAUCGAGGUUGCCAUCCCGGCGCUCGUGCUCAGCAUGCUUAUUAUCGCGGCCUGGGGGUGGGCCUUAGAGAACCAGGUUUCCAUAGCCGUGAUGUGCGUGCUGGUCUUUCUCCUUGGCCUGGGCCUCGUCAGCACAAACAGCGUCUUCAGCGCCCUGAUCGCGGACGUGCGUCCCGGGAAGACAGGCGCGGCGAGCGCGGCCAAUAACAUCAUCAAGUUCCUUCUCGGCGCUGGCAUGGCGGCUGCCAUUGACCCGCUACUCACAUCCGUUGGGCCGGGCAAAGCGUACUCCAUCAUUGCAGUGCUGUACGUGUUAUUCUCGCCAUGCUUGUACUUAGUCUCGAAGCAUGGAAUGCGUUGGCGCAAGGAGUUACGGGAAAAGGAGGGUGAAGGCGCGGCAUAAGGUCAUGAUAGUAACGAGCAGUAUUAUAUAACUAGAC